GAAAAUGCAAACUUUGUCCCUUACGACUUUCCGUUGAACGGCGCUGUCAUGGCUUCUACCUUUAUGUCUCUACACAGAUGUUGCCAGCGGUCUGCUCUCCUCAUCGUCGCUCGGCGACAGUGGAGCUCCAGCUCUGUGUCGCCCCCUCCCCUGCACACGAGGCUCCUCCUCUACCUCACCCAGCGUUUCUAUGACGUAGAGAUGCUCCUGAGCUGGGGGUCAAAGCUGAGGACAAAGGGGAUUCAGAAGAAGAAUGUUUACUAUGGCUACACUCAGAGGUAUUAUGGUUCAGACAUAGCAGCAGCAUAUUUCAUCUUGAGUCUGAGGGGUGUCUUCAGGUUUGUCGGUCAGUCCGAGUGGUUUCGUGCAGAUCGGGGCAAGUUCAAUUGGGACUUCUUAGAACACAGAGACACACCUCUAGAGGAAGUAAGCAUGAACUACACAGACAUCAACUACAGAGGACUGGACAACCUCGAGGGGCAGAAAUCGCUGCGGACUCUGUCGUUACGAGGAUGUCCUGAAGUGGAUGACUGGUUCCUGGCCCGCCUUCAUAUGUUCCAAGACUCUCUGGAGGAGCUGGACAUCUCUCACUGCCCGCGCAUCACUGCAGGCGGCCUGGCUGCACUCAGGAAUCUCAAAGGGCUGCGGCGUCUGGAUGUGUCGUCUCUUCCCAGGAUUUCAAGUCCUGGGUUGGUCGUCAUCCUGCUUGAGGAGAUGCUACCACAGUGCCAGGUCACCGCCACCGGCUACGACUUCAGCCUGAGGCAGGAGGGCGGAGCGGAGAAAGAGGAGCACAUGGGGAAGGAAAUAAGUAGGGGUGAAAGGGACACUGAGGAAUCAAGGUACUAAGUUUAGGGAAACAAAGAGUCAUGGACACUUGGAGAGGAAGCAUCUAGCAGCAAAACAACAAUCAUGUUGUAUUUUCAGUAUCUGACCAGUUUAUUGAUCACUAGCAAAGUCCAGCGUAAAAAUUUUGAAUUUUGUCAUCUGACAUCUGCACAAGUCAGACACCAGUAUAAAGCAGGUAUACACUCAAAUUUGACUGGACACUGGCAACAUUCAAUGUGAAAAA